UCUCCUCCGUCUUCUAUCCUCACACAGUCACUGAUUCUCUCUCUCUCUCUCUCUCUCUCUCUCUCUCUUCAAUGGACCUGAACUCUCUGCUCGCUGCGAAAUCUCAAGCUUUCUCGCUGGUUUCUUGCACUUCAAUAUCUCCGCCUUCGCUUCGAUCCAUUCGAAGACAAUUUCUUGGCUCCGGCCACAAUCUGAGGCCUCCAGGUCUUCGCUCUCCGAGGAAGCGUAACAAAUCGGGGUUUCACAUUCAAACCUCUCGUUUUUACAUGAGAGCUUCAAUGGAUUCGGAUCCUUUCCUCGUAAUGGUCGCCGCGGCCACUGUGUUUUCCGCCCUCGUUGUUUUCUAUGUGAAUUACUGUACGAGAAAGAAGACCGCAAAAGAGGAGUCAGGUCAACCUACUCUUGCAUUAUUCCAAGAGGGCAAUGGAAUCUUAAUCUCAAGAAAGUUUAUUGAGAAUUGGAUUAUGGGUUAUGGAGACUUUCUUAGGAAGGCCUCUGCUGAAGAAAGAAAAUCUUUUGUGGAUGACAUUGUACAAGAUAAUUAUCCAUCUGAAGAUGAAAAUGCACUGCAGCAAGUUCUGGAAACUGCUUUUACACAUGAAGAAUUUACACCCACUAAGGCUUUGGAGCCACCUAGUUCUGAUGUUCUUGUCACCAGUGAUAGUGAUUCUGAAUCCAUAAAGGAAUUUGAAGCGAACAUCCCAUCUCCUUCACAUAUUCUUCUUUCUUAUUCUGGUGUGCAACCUCUUAUGUUUGUAGAGGAAAUUUUUGAGAUGCAACAGGAACGACAACGAAAAGAAAUUGAGGGUAUCGCUGAGUUGUCUACUGCUACAGUUAAAGCUAUAUGUAGUGUUUCUCUGGCCCCUGUAAAUAAUGCAGCAGCAGAAGUGAGUAGACAUAAAAUACACAAUUAUGAACUAGGGGAAGUUGGUGGAGUUGUCACCCAUAGUGACAUAUCCAGGAAACUUGUUAGAGAAGAGCUUCACACAUUUUAUGUGGAAAAUCUGUCUGCUACCAAACUUACAGCAGAAUCAAAUGUCCUGAGAGCAGUAUCCUCCCACGCCUCUCCUAUGGAUGGCCAUAGAUUUUCUUCAUCAAGGAAUUUCACUGUAAAAGGAGCAGAAUUAUCAGCAGGAGAAUAUCUUCACACCACAGAUUACAUUAGAGAAACGAUGCCUCGUGCAUCUUACAAAGAAGACUCUUCCUGCAAAAGAAAAUAUUUAGGAAAAUCUGGUCAAUUUCCAGGAGACAGGGGCAGGAAAAUUUUUCCUAGCAACAACCCUGAAAAUUUGCCUGAGCUCUUUAAGGCAAAUGAUUUACAUGUCAAAAACAAACAUCUUCCUUCAGAGAAAUUCAGUGAUUACAAUCGUAUGCUGAGAGAUGGGAGGUUAAUUGAGUGUGUGGAAUUGCUUGAACAUCUGGAAAGAAUAGGUUUGUUAGACAUGAAUAAGGUUUAUCAUGCAAGGUUUUUCAAAACUUGCAAAAGUCAAAAGGCUGGUAAAGAAGCUUUUCGUUUCAUGAAGCUAAUCCCAAAUCCUACCUUGAGUACAUUCAAUAUGCUUAUGUCUGUGUGUGCCAGUUCUCAAGAUUCUGAAGGAGCUUUUCAGGUUUUGCGACUUGUUAAGGAGACUGGAUUUAAAGCUGAUUGCAAACUUUACACAACUCUAAUAUCAACUUGCGCUAAAUGUGGAAAGGUUGAUGCAAUGUUUGAAGCAUUUCAUGAAAUGGUCAAUGCUGGAGUGGAACCUAAUGUUCAUACGUAUGGAGCGCUUAUAGAUGGUUGUGCCAGAGCUGGGCAAGUCCCAAAGGCAUUUGGUGCUUAUGGAAUAAUGACGUCUAAGAAAGUGAAGCCAGACCGGGUUGUCUUCAAUGCACUUAUCACUGCAUGUGGUCAAUCAGGAGCAGUUGAUCGUGCUUUUGAUGUGUUGGCAGAAAUGAGGGCCGAGACACAGCCGAUAGAACCCGAUCAUAUAACUGUUGGUGCUUUGAUAAAGGCUUGCUCGAAUGCUGGUCAAGUUGAUCGGGCACGAGAAGUAUACAAGAUGAUUCAUCAAUACAAAAUCAAGGGCACUCCAGAAGUUUACACUAUUGCUGUCAAUAGUUGCAGUCAGACUGGUGAUUGGGACUUUGCAUGCAAUGUUUACGAUGACAUGACAAGGAAAGGCGUGGUCCUAGAUGAGAUGUUUCUUAGUGCAUUAAUAGAUGUUGCAGGGCACGCUGGAAAGCUGGAUGCUGCCUUCAAAAUCCUACAUGAGGCCAGGAUGCGAGGAGUACAGCUAGGGAUCAUAUCAUAUAGCUCAUUGAUGGGAGCAUGUUGCAAUGCCAAAAACUGGCAGAAGGCACUGGAGCUAUAUGAAGAUAUCAAGUCCACUAAAUUAAGUCCAACAGUUCCAACUGUGAAUGCCUUAAUAACUGCCUUGUGUGAUGGGGAUCAACUGCCAAAGGCUAUGGAAGUUUUAUCUGAAAUGAAGAAUGCAGGCUUGUACCCAAAUACCAUCACAUACUCUGUUCUUCUAGUAGCAAGUGAAAAGAAGGAUGAUCUAGAAGCAGGUCUCAUGCUCCUUUCUCAAGCCAAAAAGGAUGGUGUUGCUCCUAAGCUUGUUAUGUGUAGAUGCCUAAUUGGCAUGUGCUUGCGGAGAUUCAAGAAGGCUUGUACACUUGGUGAGCCUGCUUUGUCUUUCGACACAGGACGGCCACAUCUUGAUAAUGAAUGGACAUCAUUGGCUUUAAUGAUCUAUCGUGAAACAAUGAAAACUGAUGUAGUCCCUACAAUGGAAGUUUUUUCUCAACUUUUGGGGUGCCUGCAGCUUCCUCAUGAUGGUUCUUUGAGAAACAGGCUCAUUGAAAAUUUAGGAGUCAAUACUAAUACAUCAAAAUAUUCAAACCUGUGUUCAUUGAUUGAUGGAUUUGGAGAAUACGACCCUCGUGCCUUUUCAUUACUUGAGGAAGCUGCUUCACUUGGAAUUGUUCCAUGUGUAUCUCUCAAAGAAAGUCCCAUUGUCAUUGAUGCAAGGAAGUUGCAGAUUCACACUGCUGAGGUAUAUCUCUUAACAGUGUUGAAAGGCCUCAAGUAUCGACUUGCUGCUGGUACGAAGCUACCAAAUAUUACCAUUUUACUACCUACAGAGAAGACGCAGAUUCAGUAUCCAAAUGGGGAGAAAUCAAUCAACAUUGCAGGAAGGAUUGGCCAGGCAGUUGCAGCAUUAUUGAGGAGGGUAGGUCUACCUUACCAAGGAAACGAAUCAUUCGGGAAAAUCAGAAUCAGUGGUCUAGCCAUUAGAAGAUGGUUUCAGCCAAAGCUUGGCUCUCCUUUCAGUGGGAAACCAGAGGAAUUAAGCUCAUCCCACACAUGGUUGGCAAAAGGAAUCACCCAUCAGCAGCGUAAUAUUCGAACUGGCAAUCUGUCCCUGGAUUGAGGGAAAACAUCUGUUGAUUACAAGUAGCUCAGAGGCCAAGUUAUGCAAUCAAUCUCGACACAAGCUCUUGCUUUAUCCAAUGAUCAAUGAUCAAAUGUGCACUUCCAACCCUAAGUUCCACUUGCAGCCCAAGUCUCGGCUCUUCUUUGAAAACAUGCAAAGAUCGAAGCUGCUUUGAUCAAUUUUGUGGAAGAGGACUGUAGGCUGACAAAAUAUGAAGGAAAUAAAGCCAACUUGAAUUUGCUCAGGCAAUUUUAGUGAAGAACAGAUAGAAGUCCUGUACCAGCAACCCGGCGUCCACAAUGAGAGGCAUAUUGAGUUAUGAAAGUAGCAAUAUCCACACUCCAUGCCACCCCAGCGGCUAUAGAUUAGGUUUUAUGGCAUUAAGAAAUUUAAUAAAAUGCUGGUUGCUAUGUUACAGUGGUGCAUUAAACAACAUGAAUUCAUGUUGGAGAAAGCUACACAUUGCAUUUCUGUUAAAAUCUUAAGUCUAGUAUCUGUUUCUUUUCAGUUCUGGAAAUAUUCAAGAAUUCCCAAUGCAGUUGGCAUAUUGAAAUUUUACCUUCAUCUUUCUUCAA